CCGGCCAGCACUAUCCGAUUAGAGUAUUAUUUACUUGAAGAAGCGUGGCUCUCGCCGUCGUCUGCUAAACGGGAGUCCCUUAUAUCUUCGGCUCCUCCUUUUCCUGCGAUUUGUUUUGGAGAAAACGAAGCGGAAGAAUGCUACCAACGCCCAGGCCCUUGUUCCGGACAAAGUAUGAGCGAAAACCAUGUGAUCCACCGAAACUUCGCAAAACUCGAAUAUAUAGCUUGGCUGGUCUUGGCGGGUUUGUCCGUGAGUUAUGUGUUUGGCUAUAAUAUAGCACCAGUGGGUCGUUCAUUCAAGUCUAAAGAUUGGUUUAUCCUCCAGCUAAGUCGUUUCACACUAUUGGAGCAUAUAAUAUUCUUUCCGUAUAUAGUUGUUCGUGAAUGUUCUAAAGUUAAUAGGCAUGAUUUGUUGCCUUUUGUAUUAUUACGUUUCUGUACUUAAUUUAGGAAAGAAUAAUUGUAUAUUAGCUAGUAUCGUGACCCAUGUACAGACACACGAAAAUAGGGAAAUCCUUUUCCAAUCUUUGUACGUUUCUAUAUGGUAUCAGAGCAGAGUGUCACAGACCUCUGAACUUUGCCUUUUUCGAUUCCAGUAUACUCUCGACAGAAGAGCUAAUCACUCAUGGCCAACGAUGGACAACUGGAGAACAACGACGGACGCAUGAACGGGAAAAGUGAGCCGGUGCGACGGAAAGUGAAUGAUCCGGCGUCUCCUUAUUAUUUACACAGUUCUGAUUACCCAGGCAUGCAUAUCUCAGGAAUCACCCUCCGAGGAGAAUCAAAUUUCCGAGAAUGGGUGACGGCGAUGAAGAAUGCUUUCCGCGCUAAGCAGAAGAUUGGAUUUCUCGACGGAACGAUCAAACGGCCGGAUUCCGGUGAUGACGACCUCGAAGAUUGGAUGAUUGUAAACUCCAUGAUGGUUGGCUGGAUUAUGACUGCAAUUGAUCCAGCGCUCCGAACAAAUGUGACAUAUAUGGACGAUGCCAUCGAUCUGUGGGAAGACCUCAAACUGCGGUUCGAUGUCGGCGACGCCAUGAAGGUGCAUGAACUCAAGGAGAGCAUACGAGCUUGUAGACAAGGUGGGGAACCUGUGACACUGUACUUUGGCAGAUUGAAACAAUUGUGGGAUGAGUAUGUUGGUUACUGCUUCGUGCCAACCUGUACGUGUGGAGGAUGUAAGUGUGAUUUGGAAAAAAAAAAUUCUUUAAACACAUUGAAAAUGAAAAGACGCACGAUUUUUUGUUGGGACUUGAUAGCCAUACCUUUGGCACGUUGCGUUCGAAUAUACUAGGGUUAGACGAGCUGCCCGUCCUCUCCAAAGUAUACCACAUGAUCGUUCAGGAAGAGCGUCAUCACAAUAUGAUCAAAGGAAGGGAGCAGCCACCAGAGGCACCGGUGUUUGCCGCACGCAGCAGUUCUCAGGUACAAACCGAUGCUCAACAACCCCCGGAGGGAAUGGCAUUUGCAGCACGCAGUAGUUCUCGAGGCAGUCCUUCCGAUGCUCCCAUGAUUUGCACUUUUUGUAAAAAGGAAGGUCAUUCUGUGAACAAUUGUUUCAAAAAAACUGGGAUUUACCCGGACUGGUGGUUUGAUAAUCCUAGACGUGGCCGGGGGAAAGGGCGUGAGAAAAAGAAUCCUGGACGCGGAAAACCGAUGGCUCUUGCUCAUGCAGUACAGUUGACGGAGCUGGAAGAUGGUGGCAUCAAGGUUGGAGUGGAGAAGGAGAAUGCUCCUGGACGUGUUAUUACUGAUGAACAAUGGAACUCUUUUCUCAAGUUAAUUAAUAGCAGUAAGAUAGCUAGUUCCAAUGAAAAACUUUCAGGUCCUACCUUCGAAGAUGCCGAUUGGAGUGGGUAAGCUACGUGGGGGGGGGGGGGGUGUACUACUUUCACGGAAUAAAGACAGAGUCUGCUCAUCGGGUUACUAUCAAGGAGACUCAAGAGCUUUGGCACUCACGUUUGGGUCAUCCUUCUCAUAGAGUGUUAAAGUCUUUAUUUCAUUUCAAUAAUUCUGCUACUAUUUCUAGUUAUUGUGAUGCUUGUGUUCGUGCCAAAAAGACAAGGGAUAUUUUUCUACAUAAUAAUGCACGUGCUUCUAAUCCGU